AUGCUGGAGGACCUCCUGACGAUUCGGGCCGAUCGUGAUAACUACUACUACGGAUGCAAUGCGUUGUUCGAGCGGCAUCCGGAAGUCAUUCAUCGUUUAUGUGUCGAUGCUCCAACCUUGUUGCCGACCUUGUUAGAUGGCAUGGUUUGGCGCUCCCGCAUUUCGACUGGAG